CAGAUUGUAUAUAUGUAUACGUACGAGUAUGUUUAUAUAGAAUAUAUACAUACAUAUUAUAUAUACACAUACUAUAUAUGUGUAUGCAUACUAUUGGUAGGCGUUUUUGUGCAUCGUGUUGACAGCUCGGCUAAUUAAAAAUUCAACUGGUAUUAAAGCUCAAAAAAGUGCAAAUUAAAGGCCAUAAACGAAACACUUUAGCAACUAAAUUUAUUGUCUACGAGUAUUGUGAUAUUUUACAAAAAAUGAAAUUGUUUACAUUAUUUAUUAUUCCGUGCGCACUUCUCUUAUCACUAAGCGUCGCCAUCGAACCGCCUGAUGAUGGAAAAUUGCGCGUCUGUAUUGUGGAGUCGCGCGGCGUUUAUCGAAAGACCGCCAAGUUUUGUCCACAGCUGGAAGCCACCAGUAAUAUAGAGUGCGUUAUUGGAGUCGAUAGACUGGAUUGUGUAAGACGGAUACACAAAGGGACUGCGCACUUUGGAGUUCUCACCUCCGAAGAUCUGGUGGCGGCCCGCUGGGCAAGCGUCGAGAUUUUAGUAGCCAGCGAGCUGCGUUCGCAUGAGGCACACUUCGAGUACGAAGUAGUAGCCGUUGUGGACAACGAGGCCAACAUUCAUACUGUACAUGAUUUGCGUGGGGCCAAGCUCUGUCAUCCCGGCCAUGGUUUAAACAAUCAUUGGACGGAAGUAUUAGCUAAUUAUUUCGAGUCCGCUUUGGUGCCGAAAUCAUGCAAUCCCGAUAUUACACUAACCGAAGAUCGCAUCGCCGCUUCAGCAAAAUAUUUUGGGCCUAGCUGCAAGGCCGGUCCCUGGUCUCCAGAUCCCAAGCAAGAUCGCAUACUCAAGGAUCGAUAUCCAUCUCUUUGUCAAAUGUGCUACGAUCCAUAUAGCUGUGAUGAGAAUGACAAGCAUUGGGGCCGGCGCGGUGCUUUGUAUUGCCUGACUAGUGGAGGUGGAAGCGUCUCCUGGGCGCGAUUAGAUGAUGUGCGCAGUCAUUUUGGGCUCUCGGGCAUAGCGGCACAGGCAGAGCCCUCUGAAUAUAGCUACCUUUGCCCGGAUGGCCAUAUGCAACCAAUUAACACGACACGGCCGUGCAUCUGGGUGUCGAAACCAUGGCCUGUAGUUGCCGCUCGUCGUUCGCAUGCUGCGCAGGUGCAACGCCUAGUCACGGGUCUCACACAUGACGAACCGAACAGCUGGCAAAAUGCGCUGCUGAGUCUUCUUGAAACCUAUCACAUCUUCACGGUACCCCUGGACAAUGUUAUACCCAUCGAUGAUUAUUUGGAUCAGGCCAUUGGUUUUCAAUCCGCCUACAGUUUUCCCGAAUGUAAUCCACCGCGCUCCAUAGUUUUUUGCACCACAUCCAUCAUACAGCACAUCAAGUGCUCCUGGCUGCAGGAAGCAUCGCAGGUUUAUGGAGUACAGCCCAACAUCCAAUGCAUACGAACAACGAGUCUCGACAAUUGCAUGGACGAUACCAGAUAUAAAACUGCCGAUGUGGUUUUGGUCGAUCAGGAGCAAAGAGUGCAAGCGCAACGGGAUUAUAAUUUGGUCCCGUUGCUGUACGAAUUUGCGCAGGACAUGCACGAACGUUACGUCACUAUAGCGCUGGUGCAUAAAAAUUCCGAAUAUCAAAGUUUCAAGGAUUUGAAAGACGCGAGUGCUUGUCUGCCCUCAUAUGAGGGUGCGGCCCAUUUAUCCGUGCAGGAUACCAUUGUGAAUACAACGGGCAAAAUUCAAUCUUUGCAUACCUACUUCAGUCGCGAUUCGUGCCUUUGGCAUCCAAAAUAUGGACGAAAAUGUCCAGACCACUAUCGCGGCGACGAGGGAGCUUUACGUUGCCUGUCAGAAGGCGGAGAUGUGGCCUUCCUCAGCUCGGAUGUGUACAAAAAAUAUGUCAGUGGAAAUUUAACAUCGGAUUGGAUUGCACGCAACAACCCAAAAUCCUAUCGCGUGCUCUGUCCCUAUGGGGGCAUUGAACGCCACUCCAAAUUCGAAUACUGCUAUCUACACUGGACCACUCGCGGCCAUCUUAUGACGCACAACUCGACAGUGUCGCGAAGAAAUGAGAUCUACAAUUCUCUCCGCGAUAUGGACCAGCUAUUUGGCAAACACUAUAAGAGCGAAACUCGCCCUUUCACGCUGUACGGAAUUUUUGAUAAGCGCAACAACAUAAUGUUCCGCGAUAGCACAGAUGGAUUGCUGGGACUGCAGGAGCUUCAUCGGGAUGAGGCCAAACGUAUUAUGGAACAUAUUUACGACCGUUAUGCAACGCAAUACUACAAAGCUACGGAAGAUACAAGCGGAGCCAAAAAUUUGGUUGGCAACAUUUACAUUGUCUUGCCGCUGCUAUUACAGCUCGUUUUAUUGCUGCGGCACAGACAAUUAUGAAUUGAAUGAUUAUGAACUAUAUUUAUUGUGAUAUUACUUUACAUGAGCGUAUCAUUUGAAUUCAAGCUAUGCCCCAAAAGGAGCACCACCCAGUGUUUUAAAACGUUGUAAGGCAAGUCUUGCCAAAUAACUAAAAAACUGAUAAGCAGCUUGCAAUAAAAAUUCUAGCCAGACAUUAGUUUUAAACAACUCAUAAAAUAAAUGAUAUAAAACGCAAAUUUAA